AUGGGCUCUUUUCAAUCAGACUAUUAUAGAUAUGUUGAAAAACAACUUGUUAUAACUGAAGAUUCCACAAUUACUUUACAUAUAAAUGGCAAACAAAUAUUAACAUCAGAUAUUGGGUUUCCUUGUAAUUAUACCCCCAAAAGUAAGGAAGAGUUGGAAAAUGUUUUAAAUGUAUUUGAUAAAAUUAAUGUUUGCAAUGGAGUAUUGCUUUCUGAUGAAUACACUCCUAUUAUAACUUCUUAUUUUGGGCAAAAUUGUAUUCAAACCUGUGGUCAAUACCACCAUUUAAAAUGCUUGAAAGUGUUGCCUGAAAAAGACAGGUAA